AUUGUUUCAUGUUUACUUAUUCAGCUUGAUAUAUUACAAAACUUGUGUAAAAUAACUGAAUUGAUUGUUUAAUUUAAAUUUGUUUUAGCAGCUUCUGUGCCAAAGUGCCUUUGUUCGGACGUAAGAGCUGUAGAUUUUAGAUAAGAUGAUAGUGUAAUGGUUAUCGGAAUAGUUGACAUUGGAUACUAAGUCUAAGAUUGACAUGGCAGCACCGGGGAUGGCGAGUCCGCCGAUGUCGAAAGUUGAGCUACGAAUCUCUUGUAGAAAAUUAAUAAACAAAGACAUAAUCUCAAAGUCUGAUCCAUGUGCUGUGUUGUAUGUGAAUCAAGGAACUCAAUGGAUUGAGCAUGGUAGAACAGAGAAUGUACAGAACAGUUUAGAUCCAGACUUCGCCAAGGCAUUUUCUAUAGAUUAUAUGUUUGAAGAGGUUCAGAAGGUGAAGGUUGCAGUAUAUGACCUUGACAAUUCUACACCCCAACUUGAAGAUGAUGAUUUUUUGGGACAGAUUGAAUGUACUCUGGGGCAGAUUGUUGUAGCCAGCCCUUUUCAAAAGCAGCUAGUCUUGAAGAAUGGUAAACCUGCAGGGGAAGGCAAAAUUCUAAUCAGGUCAGAGGAGGUAAAUGAGGGAGGAGAAGUUGCUGUUUGUACAUUUAAAGCUAGAAAACUGGAAAAUAAGGAUUUCCUUGGUAAAUCAGAUCCUUACUUAGAGAUAUUGCGAGGCAAUCCAGACGGAAGUUGGCAGGUGGUUCACAGAACAGAGGUAGUGAAAAAUAAUCUCAACCCACACUGGCGUCCAUUCACAAUACCAGUCCAUACACUGUGUGGAGGAGAUAAAUCAAAACCAGUCAAGUUUGAUGUAUAUGAUUGGGACAGUGAUGGAUCACAUGACAUGAUUGGAGGGUUCACAGUUUCUGUAAAAGAUUUAGAGGCUUCCAUUGGCAAAGAGUUUCCGUGUGUAAACGAGCAUAAGAAGGCAAAGAAGAAGAAGUAUGUUAACUCCGGUUUUGUUAUUGUUGAUUCCUUCAGGUUGUCAGGAUUUGAUGGUGGUCGGUGCGAGGCGUUACCAGUGGCUAGGGAGGUGAAGAAAGCUCCAUCAUUUUUGGAGUUUAUCUAUGGAGGCAUGCAGAUCAAUUUUACAGUUGGUGUAGAUUUUACAGGUUCCAAUGGGGAUCCUACUUCACCCGUAUCCCUGCACUAUAUCAACCCAAACCAACCCAAUGAGUACAUGCAGGCGAUACAGGCUGUAGGAGCCGUAUGUCAGGACUAUGAUACAGACAAGAUGUUCCCAGCUUUAGGAUUUGGAGCCAGGAUUCCUCCAGAUAAUAAAGUAUCACAUGAGUUUGCCAUGAACUUUAACCCCCAGAACCCUUUCUGUGCAGGUAUACAGGGUGUUGUACAAGCGUACCAGAACUGUGUUCCUCAGAUCCAACUAUGGGGACCAACCAAUGUUUCCCCUAUAAUUCACCAUGUUGCCAAGUUUGCUGAGGCUGCUCAAAAAGAGGAACAAAGUAAAGGGGCACAUGCCUACUUUGUCCUGUUACUGCUAACAGAUGGUGUUAUAACUGAUAUGGAUAAUACUAGACGUGCAAUAGUUCAUGCCUCAGCUCUGCCAAUGUCCCUUAUUAUUGUUGGUGUGGGUGGUGCUGAUUUCGCUGACAUGGAAAUGUUAGAUGGAGAUGAUGGGGUCCUUAAAGCUCCGAAUGGUCAACCUGUGCACAGAGAUAUCGUGCAGUUUGUACCGUUCAGGGAUUUCAAGAGAGUAAGUGAUGCUUCAUCAGCAGCAGAGUUAGCUAAGAAUGUGUUAGCCGAGGUACCACAACAGGUAAUACACUACUACAACUGGAGAGGAAUGCAGCCUAACCAACCCAUACCUCAAACUACUUAGAGCUCUCAGAAUGCACAGACCCUACAAGACUUUAACUUGCUGUAUGCAUUAGGCAAUAACAUGAAAGACUUUAAGAAAUUUAAGAGAAAGACUGAAGUCGUAAUGGAUUUUGAUACGCAAGUUUCAGGUUUUUCUGUGUAUGCUAUAGACCUAUCUUCCGUCUCGUCAAUACAUUUUGUUUUCCUAUCUUCAUUCAAACAGUCUAUCCAUCCAGUAUUCUGUUUACUACAUUUCCUUUUAGAAUUUAUUCUGUCUCUACCUUGGCAUUUAUUCUCUCAGCAAAUUGGCAUUUUUGAAAUUUUACAUUGACUUGUAUGAUUAGCAGAACAAAAAGUUUGCAAUAUCAAGGAGCGAUACCUGUAAGUGAUGUAUACAUGAUUCUUGUUGUUUUUUUUGUUUUUUUGUAUUUUUACAGUACUAUAUUUUGAUGACAGUACUUCCAAGGGUGUUUGUUUUUUCUACAAGUAAAGUUCUUAAUGAACAUCCCGUGACAGGGAAUUUGGGGGACCAAUGUGUAUUAAUCCUUAUUUUUACUAAGUAAUUUUCCAGAUAUUAUGUCAAAUAAAAACACUGGGUAAAGUGCUGGCAUUUUUAGUGCACAGUGUAUCAAUUUUUAUAUGGAUAAGUUAAAGUCAGAGUUAUGAAUUAUACAAGUUUGAUGUGUGUCUAAUGUUUUAAUUGUCUAGUUUUUUCAUCUCUCUUUCUGAUUAGCUAUAAAGUAUGACCUACUUUUUAUGCCCCGGAAGUGAGGCAUAUUAGUUUUCAACUGUCCAUCCGUUCACAGGGGCCAAUGCUAACUUUUUGCAUGAAGGCACUUUUUUCGCGAACCACUGCGCCCAGGAUCUUCAAACUUCACAUGCUGAUAGUCCUAAUUGAGUACACGACCCCUAUUGACUUUUGGGUCACCAGGUCAAAGGUCAAGAUGCUGCGGGGGCAUUUGUCACCAUUAGUGACAGCUCUUGUUUCGUAAUAUGUUAUGGAUGAUAUUCAAGCUAUAACUGUUUUUGGAAUCAGGGACAGGAUUGGACAAGGUAGGAUAAUACAGAGAAAACUAAUUUAUUGUGUAUCGUCAGUUUUAUAAUUGUUUGCCAGACAGAUGGUAGUGGUAGUCAUGUUUCGAGUUGACUGUUAAAAAACUUUUUCAUUGUUCUCUCUUUAUUGUGAUAAGUGAUAUCAAUAUAUUUUCAACUUUAAAAAAGAUUAUAGAGACUGGUAAUUUUCAAACACAGUUUUAUGUUGUUUAUUUUUGACUAUUUAUAUAAGAGGGGCUGGCAUGUUAUUUCAUGAUUUCAUUUUCUAGUUUGUUUUUUAACCUUUAAUACAUUAUUAUUUAUAAAAAAUACAUACUGUUAAUAUAUAUAUAUUCAUGUGAAAAUGGUGUUUGUUAGGUAUUUUGUAUUUACUGGUUAUUAGAUUUGUAUGGAGAAAUGAACUUUUUAUACGCCCGAAGGGACUUUUUAUGUCAUGAUGCUGGUGUCCUUCCAUCUGUCUGUCUGUCCAUUAGCAAUUUUGUGCCCGCUCUGUAACGCUUGAACCCCAUGAAGGAUUUCAAAGAAAUUUGACACAAAUGUUCACCACAUCGAGAUGACAUGCAGAGCGCAUGUUUUGGGUGGCUGGCUUCAAGGUCAAGGUCACAGGGGUCAAAGAUCAUGUGACUCUGUUUCGUGUCCGCUCUGUAACUCUUGAACUGCUUGAAGGAUUUUAAAGAAACUCGGCACAAAUGUUUACCACAUCGAGACAACAUGCAGAGUGCAUGUUUCGGUUGGCUCGCUUCAAGGUCAAGGUCACUCUUGGGGGUCAAAGGUCAUACCUUCGGGCGUAUAUUGCUCCACUUUGCGUUCUUUAGCACAGUGAACAAAGGUAUGAAAAUAAAGUCACACAACCAAUAUGAAAUAUACACAUAAAAAUGGAUAUCGAUUGACAUUUAAUGUAACAUUGCUACUGAACAGAGAGUAAAAAUGAAAUACAUAAGUACUAAGUUGGAACAAUAUAACCGGCCUGGAGAAAUCAUGCAAGAAGAAUAUCCUUAGUAUAAGUGUUCUCUCAAAUAAAAUGAGUUGGACUUUCAGUAUCUUAUAUACCAAAGACUAAUACUAGUAAAAUGUUCAAGGAUCUUUUUACUACAAUUUCUAUCCAGCCAUGUUGUCUCAAAAGAUGUAGCACAAAAGCUAGAACUGGAAGUUUGUAAGUUCGAGUCCAAAGCAUGGUGCAUGAUCUCCAUCCUGUUUGAUGGAAGACUUUACAUCUAAGAUUCUUCUCCACUUUUCAUUUAUGUGGGUAGUGUGUAAGUUUCUUGCAGAGAAUAGGUAAAUACUUGGGAGAAAAUCAAAGGAAUACUGGUUAUUAAUUGACCAUACAUAUUUGAAACGCUGUUGAAAAAAGGCCUUGACUGAAUAAAAGUCAUUUGUUGACAAAUGGUUUUUGCAUUUUCUGUUUAGAGAGUAUUUUAUUUUUUAACUUGUUUAUUAUUAUUGCAGUCACAAAAUACAACUGGUUUCUUUCAGCAGAGUUUGAGGAUUGUAUUAACUAUAUCAAUUACUAAAAUUAAAGGGUAAAUUCUGAAACAAUAGUUAUUGUCAAGCAGAUCUAGACUAUUUAUUAUUUGUGAUAGAGAAAUAGAGAAAAGUGCUUGGGAAAAUAUGCAUUAUAUACUCAAUAAGUUCUUGAAAAAAGACAAGUUCUUGAACAAAUAAGUGUGUGUUUUAAAAUACUUUGAUGAUUUACAAAGUAGUUCAAAAAACAGGGUUUUGGGAAAAAAAUAUUUGAAUUUGUAUUGUCUUUUGGAAAUAAGCCACAAGUGCUUCCCAGUUGCUUCAGAAAGCAAGUGCAUGCCAAAAUACUUAUGCACAAUGUAUUUAAUCACAAGUUUUAACAAAAUAUCUUUAAUAAUUGAAUAAUGCUUGUGAAAAGAUCUUGCCAUAAUAUAUGUAUAAUGGUUGCUUUGAAAAUGCUUGAGGGAAUUUUGUCAGCUGUUUUAAAGAAUUAAAGUUUUGGCAAUUUUAUUGUCCACAUUCUCGACUCCUCAGAAACGUAUUAAAUAAAAUUAGACUUAUUUAUGUGUCAUCUAUGUUACUAUAGUUACUUUUAUACUGAAAUGUGUGUUUACUUAUAUUUAAGCCACAUCAAGGGCUGAUUUAAAUGGUAAAUUAACUUAUAAUUACAUGUUUAUAUUAAAGUCUUCUUAUUUAUUAAGAAUAAAUAUAGUUCUUACUAA